AUGCCAAAUAAGCAUGAUCAAAAGGAAGAGACAGGCUACGCGAUACAAAAUGAUUUAGAUUUAUCCGUGGAUAGUAUAGACACGUAUUACGUUGAGGAUAAUAUCGAUGAAAACGAUAUUUCGUUGACUAACAAGAAGAGGAUCGAUCGACAGGAUUCGUCAACGACUGUCACCCUAAAACCUACCACUAUGCGUGGUAUUCCUUUAGUUGAUUUAAUGCAAAGCCAAGUCCCCCGUGGUUUUUAUGUUACUAGAAGCGAAACGGAAAAUCCGAUACCAGAACAAGUAAAGAACGACGAAUCAACCACCGAAUGGACAACAUUGUCGAUAGAAAGCAAAGAAAAUGUUUCUUCCAAGAUCGCUAACGAAAUCGAACAACCCAAUGCAGGUAGAACGAUCGUUACCGAUUUUAACCAUAAUGAUAGCGAAGAAAAUUCCAAAUCUUCGAACCAAGUUAUUACAACUUUAAAGCCCGAUUUUUUCACGAAAAGUAACGAAGUUAAAGACAGAGACGAAAGUAUAGCACCAUCGACGAAUCGAGUGCAAACAGAAAAAGAUAUAGAUCUCUUUACGGAGAUACCAAGUUUGGAAACAAAUGCAGCACCUUCGAUUUCUAUACCCGUAAUUUCUCCGACCGAUUCACCUGUUACAUUUACUUCUCUAUCCUCUAAUGAACCCGAGUCUAUUGUUUCUACGACCAGUGAAUCCUUGACUAAUGACGACGCUACCCUGUCUAUUAAAAAUACUGACUCCACUUCAACCUCUGUAACCGAAGUACAAUCUAAUUUCACGACUAAAACAAACAUCUUAGAAUCCGUAACAGAAACAGGGUUAUUACAUAUAGAAAAUGGAACGCAUGCUGCACAUUUGCAAGAGAAUUAUUCGACAGACGAAAAGGUCAGUAGCAGCCAACAAACUGGCGAAGUUAGAAGAAACGUGGUGAAGGAUGGCGAAGAAUCGAAGUUCAGUUCAUCGUUGUCAACCACGACGCGUCCUUCUACUCAAUCCGAAAGAUCGGCGAAUAAAUUUAAUCGCCGCCGACAAAGGAUCGAAUUUAAUCCUAAUCACGAGUUUGGACGUAAAUCUCAGGACGGUAGGCAGGAUCAUCGUUAUGUAAGCCCAUCGAACGAAGAUCAAAAGGAUUCGAUAAAAGAAACAAGAAGAACGCAACAUCCUCGUCGUAGAGUUAUUAGCUACAGAGGGCGACACCGCAGACCUUUUGUUACUGGUACAGCUGUGAACGACUCGCUUGCCACCAGUACAACCACUCGUACGACUAAUCGUACGGUCAACGACGAUGAUAAACUGAAAGUAACGAAGAAAUCAGCUAAGGAGGAAUCCGAGCAAAUCGAAGCGAUAACUGGCUCCACGAAAAGAACGAAAGCGGGUAAUUCUGUAGAAAAUCGAAAUGAUGGAGAAAACGCGAACAAGGAAGAGACAAGCGUGGAAAAGAAGGUUGUGCCAAAGGCAAAUCUUACCGGAAAAGAAGCUGUCUCCAAAGAAGAACGUCUUCGGAUCGAGGAAAAUAUCGGUCGAUCCGAGUCUGAGGUGAAUUCCUCGAAGAGUACGGUAACAUCCCGUACACCAGGAAAUUUGCCAUCAACCAGGUUGAGGAAACCCACUACAUUCAAUUUGGCGACAUUGCAAAGCAAAACUUCCAACACAUUCGCGAAUCAUCGAAAAACUCAUUCGAACGACGGAAAGUCUGAAACUCUUGCUAACGAAAAACUCGAUGCCGUGGAUGAAAGAACAGAAACACCGAAAUCUGAAAAAGAUAUCGAUCAAAGUAGUAGAGCACAAGAAUUCGCGGUGACUUUGGCAGAUCCACCGUCUCCACAAACAUCAGCUACGGGUCGAACACCGUUAAGGAACGGUCUGAGGCGCAAAAUAAGCACUACGGUUGCACCUAGAACGGACGCGACAACAAGCAGGGCUACCCUCAGAUUCACCCCGAGUCUCAGAGAUCGACAAAAGUCAAAGACGAAGGAUAAAACUCUACAAAAUGUAACGACAAGACCUAGGCGACCGCCUGUUAUCGACUACGAUUAUUACGAGGACGAGGAGGAAUCGGUGGUUGGAAAAUCUACUUUCAACGGAAAACUCUUCCUCACCAGCAAAGGAACCUUCCGAUGUCUGGAUCAAGGCAAUUUCCCACAUCCCGACUCUUGCAAAAAAUUUAUUACUUGCGCCAGAAUGGUGAACGGUCAGGUAAUCGGAGCUGAGUACACUUGUCCCGAUAAACUAUCCUUUGAUCCGGUCGGUGGUAUUUGCAAUUGGUCAGCCGGACUUGGCUGCAAAGAAUAAUUUCUCCUAAAUCAUUAAUUAAACGAUGUCUUAAAAGUCGCAUAGAUCAGACAUAAAGUAAUUUUUAAUUCAUAUUUAAACUAAAUCAUGACCAAUUCAUUAUACAACGAACAAGAAAGAUUCGGCUGAAUUUUUACAAACGCAUGUAGCCAUAUCUAACGGAAACGAAGCGUGGUGAUAUUAUAGUUAAAAAUUUGUCUGUAAAUAUUAUAGUUAUUGUAUAUACAUAGAUCUAGUUUACUUUAUUGCAUGGCGUAUCGAUGAAAUAACUUAAGCGUUAGUACAUGUAGUACCGAGAAACUUAAUAAAGUGUAUCUUUGUAAAAUACAUGUACUUGUAAAACUCUCGAUCAAAAACGUUGAAUCGGAAUUACAUAUAUAAUAAGUUUUACGUUUGGAAUAAAAGCAUUCAUUUUUAACCA